AUGAUUGGAGUUGCCACUUCAUCGAGCUCGCAAGAUUGCUGUUCGAGCUCAAACAGUUCCGUUGGCAAUCCAGAAUGCCUCCAACAUAGGCUAAUGUCCGGUCCUAUAGCCAGUAUUGGGAAUGGUGCAUCCUUUUCCGAGCUUCUUGACCCAUCGUGGGGUCGAAAUAGGCUUUUUGAAUUGAUUCAGGGAAUAAACCAAAAUUCCCACAGCGACGUUAGCCCAAACACCGAAGUACCGCAGUUUUCGGGAUUCGACCAGGCGAUAAUGGGCAUGGCUGGACCUCAGUUAUCUUUGGGCACCGGGACAGGCACUUUGGCGUUGCGAAGAAUACAUGAUAUGAACGGUCAAAUCAAUCGACAACACGAGAUUAUGUGGCCGGAGUUCGGUAUCAAUAGAAUGCAAUCUUCGGAACAAAUAUGGUCUGAUAUUACAAAUUCGGUCGGUUAUAACCCUCUGGACCAGGGAGCGCAAGUCGAAGAUGCCAUGGGAAAUCCUAGGAACACUCACUGGGUACCUGAAGGAUCGAUUCACUCAAAUGAGUCAGAGGUUUCGAAGAAAUACCUCCUUUGGGUUUCUAGAAAUCCCGAAGUCCCUUCAGAAAUCGAGAAACCGGGCCAAAAACGGUUUCGAUUUGAUAACUUUGACGAAUUUUCAUAUGACUUUGAGGCCUGGAUGGUAUCACAAUUCAUCGAUCCACCGUUCUGCUGGGAAAAAAUGAUAUUCUUUAAUGAUCAAAGAAAGGCUUUCUUAGGGACUCUAGAGGACGUAGUAGAGGACAUCCAAGCUACAACAGUACACUAUCGGGCCUUCGAUGCAGCCCUGUACCUCAAAUUAAGAAACGGAAUUGCCCAGAAUCGGCAAUGGAAGGGGAAAGCGAGAGUUAAUGAAACUGGCUAUAACGCAAAUAUGGCUACCACCCCGCGAUGUAAUCCGAGUGGAGCAAGCGCAAAAUAA